CGGAUACAUACAAACGCAUAUGCUAUUUUUAUUGAUUGAUUGGCGAUGAUGAUAUACUCUCUGUAAUCUUUUCGGAAGAGUGCGAGUAAUUUGAUUCCCACAGGAAUUCCGACACUUGUUUGCCUCUUUGAAGUUUGAAUUUUUCAGUUGUUACACUCUCUGACCUUUUCUUUUCCUGCAUUUACUCAUCAUUGUUGUUUGGGGGAGAGAGAGAGAGUGAGUGAGAGAGAGAGGAAGUGUGGUUCUAGGAGGAGUCUGUGAUCUUCGAGGGAAAGGAAGAACAGCGUAUCUGUAAUUUGAAGAAAAAUCCGAGAGUUUUGCUGUUAACAGAUGGAAGAUCGCAAGGAGAGACAAGCACCAUGGCUAUCUGUGCCGCAAUUUGGGGACUGGGACCAAAAGGGAGUGUUGCCCGACUACUCCAUGGAUUUCUCGAAAAUCAGAGAAAUGAGGAAGCAGAACAAGAGGGAACCAUCAAGAGCUAGUCUCGGCAAUGAGGAAGAGCUCAUUGCUCCAACUGCAAGAAGCUCCGCCAAUGCCCACAAUGAUCAUCAUGACUAUCAUCAGAAUCACUCUCCAACGGCAAGGAGGAGCAUCUUCAGCUACUUCAACUGCUGCGUCAAAGCCUGACUGCGAAUUGACCAACUUGCUGUAGUUUAUGAUAUCUGUAAUUCAAAUUGAGACGUUCCGAUUGUUCUUGACAAAGUUAUGCUGAAAUAGGCAUCGAUCCGGUGGUUGUCCAUUUAUGCGUAGCUAGUCGUUGUCGUCGUCGUCGCUGCUCUUGGCUUGUUUAAGUGCCUGCUAGGCUUGUUGAUAAAUGGUAACAAACAGAGACCACUGCUGUUUUCUUGCAUAAUGUGGAAAUUUUUAAUCAAGUUUGAGCAUAUUUGAUAAUCUAUUGCUAUGUUCCACAUUGUUCAGUUGAAUGAUGUAAUCUUUUAAUUAAUUUACUGUAUUGAUUUUUU